AUGAAGGUGUCAGGAAUGACCGUCGGAACUUUGGCCGCGUUGUCGGCCAUUGCCGCGGCCUCUGGUGGAAAUAAGGAAACCGGCGAUGGCAAGACUACUACCAUCACGACCACGACCGGGACCCACUCGUACGGAAGGUUCAACAAGACCAAAAAGUCUACGCAAUCUGACCAUACCAGCACCCACUCGUACGGAAGAUUUAACAAGACCAAAAAGUCUACGCAACCCGACCAUACCAGUACCCACUCUUACGGAAGGUUUAACAAGACCAAAAAGUCUAACGCAACCUGACCAUACCAGCACCCACUCGUACGGAAGAUUCAACAAGACCAAAAAGUCGACGCAAUCUGACCAUACCAGUACCCACUCUUACGGAAGGUUUAACAAGACCAAAAAGACUACGGCACCAGACUCCACCGGUACUCACAAGUAUGGUAAGUUCAACAAGACCAAGAACCCUACCUCUACUGUGUACGCCAAGGCUGCCUCUGCCAACGCUGCUCCAGCUGAAUUUGACGGUGCUCACAAAAUCUUGGGUAUCACCGUUGGUUCUGCUGCCCUUGUUGGUGCCCUCAUGUUGUUAUGA